GCCUCGCUCCCACAGUAUGGCCGGCGACAUUAGCUAGCGCUCGCUCUACUCUCUCUAACGGGGAAACAGCGGACUACAAGAGACUGAGCUGUAUCUGCCUCUAUUUCCAACAGACUCACGUUCAACUUUCGCUCACAAAAAAAAAAAAAAAAAAAAAAGCCGGGAAAAUUUUAUUAAUCCUUUUUUAAAAAAAGUUAAUAUAAAAUUAUAGCAAAAAAAGGAACCUGAACUUUAGUAACAGCUGGAACAAUCCGCAGCGGCGGCAGCGGCGGGAGAAGAGAUUUAAUUUAGUUGAUUUUCUGUGGUUGUUGGUUGUUCGCUAGUCUCACGGUGAUGGAAGCUGCACAUUUUUUCGAAGGGACCGAGAAGCUGCUGGAGGUUUGGUUCUCCAGGCAGCAACCCGACGCAAACCAAGGAUCUGGGGAUCUUCGCACCAUCCCAAGCUCAGGCAGUCCUGUAGCACACUGCUGCAGAGUGGGGAAACUAAAGCCUUGGCUUUCUAGCCAGAGGACCAAGAAGCAGGCCAUCUUCACCAUCACCCCAACCCUACCCCAUCCCCCACCCUUGGGCCAAAAGUUGUGGAGAUCAUGGAGAGCAAAGAGAUCCGAGUGGGACAUACUUUUGAAGGAUGUGCAAUGUUCAAUCAUAAGUGUGACAAAAACUGACAAGCAGGAAGCUUAUGUACUCAGUGAGAGUAGCAUGUUUGUCUCCAAGAGACGUUUCAUUUUGAAGACAUGUGGUACCACCCUCUUGCUGAAAGCACUGGUUCCCCUGUUGAAACUUGCUAGGGAUUACAGUGGGUUUGACUCAAUUCAAAGCUUCUUUUAUUCUCGUAAGAAUUUCAUGAAGCCUUCUCACCAGGGGUACCCACACCGGAAUUUCCAGGAAGAAAUAGAGUUUCUUAAUGCAAUUUUCCCAAAUGGAGCAGCAUAUUGUAUGGGACGCAUGAAUUCUGAUUGUUGGUACUUGUAUACUUUGGAUUUCCCAGAGAGUCGGGUAAUCAAUCAGCCAGAUCAAACCCUGGAAAUUCUGAUGAGUGAGCUUGACCCAGCAGUUAUGGACCAGUUCUACAUGAAAGAUGGUGUUACUGCAAAGGAUGUCACUCGUGAGAGUGGAAUUCGUGACCUGAUACCAGGUUCUGUCAUUGAUGCCACACUGUUCAAUCCUUGUGGGUAUUCAAUGAAUGGAAUGAAAUCGGAUGGAACUUAUUGGACUAUUCACAUCACUCCAGAACCAGAAUUUUCUUAUGUUAGCUUUGAAACAAACUUAAGUCAGACCUCCUAUGAUGACCUGAUCAGGAAAGUUGUGGAAGUCUUCAAGCCAGGAAAAUUUGUGACCACCCUGUUUGUAAAUCAGAGUUCUAAAUGUCGCACAGUGCUUUCUUCGCCUCAGAAGAUUGAAGGUUUUAAACGUCUUGAUUGCCAGAGCGCUAUGUUCAAUGAUUACAAUUUUGUUUUUACCAGUUUUGCUAAGAAGCAGCAACAACAGCAGAGUUGAUUAAUAAAAAUGAAGAAAAAACGCAAAAAGAGAACACACGUAGAAGAAGGUGGUGGCUGCUUUUUAGAUAUUGAUACCAAGGGCCAUGCUUUCCAUAACCACCACCUUGUAGUUGCAGAAAGCCCUAGAUGUAAUGAUAGUGUAAUCAUUUUGAAUUGUAUGCAUUAUUAUAUCAAGGAGUUAGAUAUCUUGCAUGAAUGCUCUCUUCUGUGUUUAGGUAUCCUAUGCCACUCUUGCUGUGAAAUUGAAGUGCAUGUAGAAAAAACCUUUUACUAUAUGAAACUUUACAACACUUGUGAAAACAAUUCAAUUUGGUUUAUGCACAGUGUAAUAUUUCUCCAGGUAUCAUCCAAAAUUCCCCACAGACAAGGCUUUCGUCCUCAUUAGGUGUUGGCCUCAGCCUAGCCAUCUGGGACUGUUCUUUUAAAUUGCUGCCAGGAUUUUACAUCCAGUUACCUCCACUUUCUACAACAUAUUCUCUACUAAUGUUACUGAAACCAAUUUCUACUUCACACAGAUAUUUUUGCAACACCAAUUAAAGUUUUUCUUCCAUAAGUCAAGUCCUCUAAGAAAACAGUUAUCCAUUUUGUGUAUUACUAUUUCACUGCUUCCUAUACUUGUAUUACUUCAAUUGAUUCGUUCCUCACCAUGGUGUCUUCCCUCCUAACCACACCCCUCAAUAAAGCAAUACACUGUUA